CGUGAACGCGUUUCUUCUGCGGUGUAAGUAAACCGUAGAAAAUGAAUGAAGAUUGCAGCGUCGGGUACAACGUGUUGGUGCUGUUUCAUGUAUGAGCUAUAGGGGGCAGUCAGGUGCAGCUGAUUGGUUAGAACAAGCGUUUUGGAAAAGGGGUAGAUUAAGAAGAGAAGGAAGUGCUGCUGCACUGUUCACAUGUGUAGCUAAGUCUGCCUACAAGACAAGGACAGGAUGGGUCGCUCGUCCAAAGACAAGCGGGACAUUUACUACCGUCUGGCCAAAGAGGAGGGAUGGAGAGCAAGGAGUGCCUUCAAGCUGUUGCAGUUGGAUGAAGAGUUCAGUCUGUUUACAGGUGUGAACAGAGCUGUGGAUCUCUGUGCAGCUCCUGGCAGUUGGAGUCAGGUUCUCAGUCGAAAACUAAGAGGUCGCGAAGAUAAAUGUGCAGAGGGCAAGGAGGUGAAGAUUGUGGCAGUGGACCUGCAGGCCAUGGCUCCUCUUCCAGGAGUCACGCAGAUUCAAGGAGACAUUACAAAGGUGUCAACAGCUGAGGAGAUCAUUCGUCACUUUGAGGGUCAGCCAGCAGACUUGGUGGUGUGUGAUGGCGCUCCAGAUGUGACCGGGCUCCAUGACGUGGAUGAGUACAUUCAGGCUCAGCUGCUGUUGGCUGCGCUGAACAUCACCACUCAUGUCCUUAAACCAGGAGGAACAUUUGUAGCCAAAAUCUUUCGAGGAAAAGAUGUAACUCUGCUGUACUCUCAGCUAAAAAUCUUCUUCGGUGGUGUGACGUGUGCCAAACCUCGAAGCAGCAGGAACUCUAGUAUUGAAGCGUUCGUGGUGUGCCAGAAUUACUGUCCUCCAGAAGGCUACGUCCCCAACAUGUCCAACCCAUUGCUGGAUCAUUCCUAUGAUGUGGACUUCAACCAGUUACAAGGCCCAAACCGGAUCAUCGUACCUUUUCUGGCAUGUGGAGACCUGAGCGCCUUUGAUUCAGACAGAACCUACCCUCUGCAACUGGAUGCUGGCAAAGAGUACCAGUACACCCCCCCGACCCAACCGCCCAUCAGCCCCCCUUACCAGCAGGCCUGCCACCUCCGUAAAAAUAACAUGCUUUCCAAAGAGGAUUCUCCGUCAAUGUGUCCAAACCAGAGCAGAGACAAGGUUGACGCCAACUGACAAGGCAGACAAUUAUUCCCUUCAUCAAUUAGAUGUUUUAAUUGCUAAAAUUGUUUAAAUGUGUUUUAGUGCAUAAUAAAUGUGUAUU